AUGAAGAAUAUUAUAGCUUCAGUCAUCACUGCUGCCAUAGUUUUAACAGGUGUAAGGCCAGCUAACGCUCAAGGGUGCUUCAGCCAUGACGGUGUGAGUCACAGCGUGGCGUAUGCAGGAACGUGUUACACCUUUUCCACGGCAACCGCGAAGUUUCUGGAAUUCCACGAUGUCAACUGUUAUGCGCUCGGCUUGCUGCCUGUGAAAGUCACCAGUGAGGAUGUCCACAAUGUACUCGUGAAACAGUUACUGUAUCUAGAUGGUCAACAGGGAGCCAGCGACCACUGGAUCGGACUGGCUUUCCUGAACGGAAACUGGACUUACGAUGACCUCGGAACGCAGCUACUUCCGGACGAUUACAACCAAUGGGCGAACGGCACGGACGUCGACGGUUUGAGCCAAAGUGGCGCAUGCGCAGCAAUGGUAUCACCGAGUUAUGACUGGGGAAUCAAAGCGUGUGUAGAGAGGAAGAGAUACAUCUGCCAGAAACGAAUAGAGCUUCCAAGUUGUUUCCAAAACGAGUCCGUCAGCACCAGCGUCGCCUAUCGGGAUGUCUGUUACACCUUUUCCUCGGAAAAAGCGAAGUUCCUCAACUUCCACGAUAUCAACUGCUAUGACCUUGGGUUGGAGCCCUCGAAGGUUAAGAGCGUCAUCACCCACAAUGUACUGCAGACACAUCUCCUGUACCAGGCUACUCUGGGGGACGCCCUGUCCUACUGGAUAGGCCUGGCCGUGGUGAACGGGAACUGGGCCUAUAAUGAUGAGGGGACCGAGCAGCUGGAGGACGAGAACAGCCAAUGGGCGAGCGGCACUGACGUAGCUGGCAACACCCGGCAAGGCGCAUGCGCACUCAUGGCACCACCAGGAUAUGACUGGGACAUCAAAGCCUGUGUGGAAAGACAUAAUUACAUCUGCCAAAAGGAUAUAGCAUUAACACCCUGUUACGACGAUGACAGCGGCGUGGUCAGUGCUCUGUAUAACGGUAAAUGCUACCUGAUUCCUCCUUCCGACGAACAAUUCAACCCCUAUCUGACUACUAGCUGCACCAGCUACGGCGCGGUUGCAGUUCUGGAUAAGGACUCCGACAUUCACGCCCUGCUGGUUCGUCUGAUCCAGAGGAACCAGAUUUCCGGGAGCGACGUCUGGAUAGGGCUGGCUUACACCAAUGAUGAAUGGACAUUCAAUGAUCAAACCACUCUUGGAAGUUUCGAGUCGUGGGCAGAUGGCCAGAACACCGCCAGUCCACAGAGACCAAACCUGUGCGUCGCCCUCGGAGAGUCCAACAACUUUGACUGGGUCAUCCAAGACUGCACGACGAGAAACAGGUUCAUCUGUGAACGGCUUCCACCAACACCAGAGCCUCCCACCACAGUUCCGGCUACUACAAUAGUGUGCUCUACGAUUCCAACGACGACUUCCGAGGUAUCAACAGCACCAAACACCACGCUGCAAUCACCAACAGCAGCAGCGUCAACCUCCACAGCAACAACUAGUCAGCAGGCUAACACAACUGCAGCAACAACUGCAAUAACCUCUCAACAACCUAACAUAACUGCAUCAACCGCUGAAACUACGACUCAAAAGGCAGACACCACCGCUGAUUCACCAACACCUGACGCUCUCACCACAGGUCCGUUUACUACAAUAGAAUAUUCUACGUUUCCAACGACGACUUCCGAGUUAUCAACAGCACCAAACACCACGCUGCAGUCAUCAACAGCAGCAGCAACAACUAUUCAGCAGACUAACACAACGGCUACAGCCCAACAACUUACCACAACUGUAUCGGCCGCUGAAACUACAACACAACAGCCAGACACCACUACUGAGCAAUGUACAAGAUUCCGAUGCUUCAGCGGCGAGUGCAUUUCCUUCGUCAAGUCCUGUAACGGAGUUCCGGACUGUAGUGAUGGCAGCGACGAGCACCCGGCAUUUUGUAUGAAUAAUGAAGUCUACGGUGUGUGUCGACCUAUCAGUCCUACAGUAGACUUCAUUUGUACCCAUCUUUUGCCGUAUGAGAACACAUCGUUACCGAACUACCUAAACCACACCACAGAGACAUCGUCUUUGCAAGCUGCAUUUGCCCUGAACCAAGCGUCAGGAUGUCAUCCUUCAUUUACAUUCCUCAUGUGCACGACAGUGUUUCCAAAGUGCGAGGAUGACCAGCUAGUCCCGCCAUGCCGAGAACUGUGUGAUGAAGUUCGGACCAGUUGUGAAGCUUCACUGCAAGCUGUCGGGGAAGAAUGGCCAAGAAACUGCUCAGAUCUGCCGAGCAGGGAUGACGCGGAAUGUCUUGAGCCAACAACUUCUGGUACAUGUGAACCAUUUCCACAAGCAUUUCAGGCCAUAUGUGAACCCCUCACCGGAUACAACGCUACAUCAUUCCCGAACUCCUUCGGACAUCUGUCGUUCAAUCAGAUGAUAACCUCUCGAGAGUACUUCCUAUUCGGGGCGAUUUUAAGCAAUAUAUCAACAAGCUGCUACCCAGGUGCCUUUACAGCGCUCUGUAGGAUGUUCAUGCCUCAAUGUGAAAAUGGCACCCAGAUCCAGUUUUGCAGGAGCGCCUGUGAGGGGAUCAACGCAAGCUGCGCGCCGGUUGGACUAGAGUUACCAUUUUCAUGUGACGUAUUUCCCAGCCAGGACGACGAUCCAACUUGUUUUCUGGUCGAUCAGGAACCAGGAUGUGAACCCAUCCGGUACAGCCGAUGCAUGGGCCUGUCGUACUCCCAAACAUCCUUCCCGAACCUCUACCAAGUGCCGAAUCAAGACUUAGCUCUUCAGUUUGCCCCGUCACUGUUCCCAACAUUCGACCCUAUCAGUGACUGUCAUCCGGAUCUGAAUUUCUUCCUGUGUUCGAUUUUCUUUCCCCAGUGUACGUCAGAAGGACAAAUACUUCCAUGCCGCUCCUUAUGUUAUGAGAUUAACGCCACAUGUGGGGAACGGGCUCUGGCCGCCGGCAUUGGAUGGGAUGCUUCCAUCUGUCCUCGUCUGCCUGAAAACAACUGCUCUUUACCAAAUGCGUCAAGAACUACAACCCCAGCAGGCACAACCAGCCUUCGUCCUUCAACACCGACACCUACCCCUCGUACAGGUACAUGUGAACCAUUUCCACAAGCAUUUCAGAGCUUUUGUGGAAACUUCACCGACGCCAGGUACAAUGCUGUGUCAUUCCCGAACUCCUUUGGUCAUCAGUCGUUCCAGGAGAUGCUAACCUCUCGAGAGUACCUCCUCAUCCAAUCGGUCCUCAGCAACACAUCGCUAAGCUGCUACACAAUCACCAUCACAGCCUUUUGUAGGAUGUUCAUGCCGCAAUGUGAGAAUGACACACAGAUACAGUUGUGCAGGAGUGUCUGCGAGGAACUGGACACAAGAUGCACCCCGGAUGGACAGAGUUUACCAUUCUCGUGCAACGUACUACCCACCCAGGUCGACGAUCCGACCUGCUAUCAGCAGCAAAGAGGAGUAUGUGAACCAAUGCCAACGGAAUUUCGGUCUGUAUGCGAACCUCUAACCGGAUACAAUACUGUAUCAUACCCCAACUCCUUUGGACAUUUUUCAUAUCUGGAGAUUGUAUCAUCUAGAGAGUUCAACAAUUUCGGAUCAAUACUUGGCAACAUUUCAGCAAGCUGCUACUCAAACGUCCGUACAGUCUUUUGUAGGAUGUUUGUGCCUCAGUGCGAGAACGACACGCAGAUACAGUUGUGCAGGAGUGUCUGCGAGGAAAUCAACGCCAGCUGCACGCCGGUUGGAUUAGGUUUGCCAUUUUCAUGCGACGUAUUUCCACACCAGGACGACGAUCCCACCUGCGUUCAGGUCAUAGAACCAGAAUGUGAGCCCAUCCGGUACAGCCGUUGUAUGGGUCUGUCGUACUCCCAAACAUCCUUCCCGAACCUCGUCCAGUGGCCCAGUCAAGGUUUUGCUCUUCAAGCAGCCCCGACAGUGUUUCCGUCAUACGAUAACAUCAGUGACUGUCAUCCGGACUUCAAUUUCUUCUUGUGUUCAAUUUUAUUCCCCCAAUGCACAUCUGAAGGACAACUACUUCCAUGUCGCUCAUUUUGUUAUGAGAUAAAUGAGACAUGUGGGGAACGAGCUCUGAUCCUCGGUCUGGACUGGCAGGACUCCAUUUGUCCAACUCUUCCUGAAGAGGAGUGCCUUCUACCAGAAGCACCCCCAGAUUGCCAACCAAUACCGUUCGACCGUUGUCAGAACAUGUCCUACUCCGAAACGUCCUUCCCGAACUGGCUCGGCUGGCAGGGACCAGAAGACGCCGUGGCCAAUGCGACAUUGAUAUUUGGAGCUCUGGACCAGAUUUCUGACUGUCACAAGGACUUGGACUUGUUCCUGUGCUCACUGUACUUCCCAUCGUGCACAGAGACUGGGCCCAAAUUCCCUUGUCGUUCUUUCUGUGAUGAGGUAAACAGCGCGUGCGCAGUAGAUGCCCUUACCUCUGGUAUCCCAUGGGACAUUGCCGGCUGUGCCAAUCUUCCUGCAAGCAGCUAUGAAGAAGGAUGCAUCGUUCCUGAAGGACCGUUGGAGUGCGUACCAAUACCGUUCGACCGUUGUCAAAACAUGUCCUACUCCGGCACGUCCUUCCCGAACUGGCUCGGCUGGCAGGGACCAGAAGACGCCGUGGCGAAUGCGACAUUGAUAUUUGGAGCUCUGGACCAGAUUUCUGACUGCCACAAGGACUUGGACGUCUUUCUGUGCUCAUUGUACUUUCCAUCUUGCACCCUGGCGACUGGAGUCAAGUUUCCCUGUCGUUCUUUCUGUGAUGAGAUAAAUAACGCAUGCGCAGUGCCCGCCCUUUCCGCUGGUAUUCCGUGGGACACUUCUGGCUGCACCACGCUGCCGGCAAGUAGCUAUGGGGAGGACUGCAUCGCUCCUGAAGCGACGAGCGAUGACUGGCCGUACGAAUGUUACGGAUCUCCUGGAAGCUGUGUGGGUGCUUGGCAGUUCUGUGAUGGAGACAGCUUCUGUCCAUUUAAUGACGAUGAAUACGAGCCUUUAUGCAGUAACUAUACGUGCGUGCCCAUGGAGCUUGAGUUCUGCCAGAAUGAAGUUCCCUACAACAGAACGACGUUUCCAAACUACCUUGGGCAGCAGAAUGUGACGAUGAUUGAGGAAUCCGACAUACAUGCAAAUGUGUCUCUUCUAGCCGACACGGCGUGCCACGAAUACGUGAAAUUCCUAUACUGUCAUAUGGCGGUUCCUGAGUGCGUCAAGGAUGGUGUGCGGGGCCAGCCCCUAUGCCGUACUGUGUGUGAAGAGGUCAGACAAUCCUGCUCCGCGGAGAUACAAGAGAUUGGGUUCGAGUUUACAAAGAGCACCUGUGACGGCAUCUUUCCAGAUUCUGUUCAGAAGGAUACAUGCAAGCUGAUAAAAGAAUUUGACUGCUCAUUCGAUGUGGACUCGUGUGGGUGGCUGGCCGGCAACUACAGUCAGGUUGAGAUGCUGAAACCAAGAAACGACUCUGAAUUUGGUAUGUAUUUUUCUUUGGAUGGAGUAUCGUCAAAGCCAACAAGCCCGGCCAUGUACACGGACAACAAGUGCUUGAAGUUGGACUAUUGGCUGAGAGGUGACGGCAGUAAGUUAACCGUGUACGUGUCUGGACCGGGAAAUAGUAUCUUCUUCACGUGGCGACAAUCUGAGGAUGAUGGAAUGGGGUGGUCAUCACUCAGUCUGAACAUCAACAAAGGAUGGCCAUGGUUCAAGGUGUCUUUGGACGCGUACGUGGCCGUUGGCGGGAAAGUGGGUGUUGAUGAUGUCACUCUGUCGGACGGCUCGUGUGAAGGACAAGUUUCUCCUGGAUGUGAGGAAAUAGAGUUUGUGCGUUGCUUGGCUAUGCCCUACAACUUCACCACCUACCCUAAUCUGCUCGGCUGGGACAAAGAUCUCGCCCUUUCCAUCGCCCCCGGAACCUUCCAGGCGUUUGACCAGAUCGCAGACUGCCAUCCUGACUUAGAGUUUUACCUCUGCUCGGUGAUCUUCUCUGAAUGUACACCAAAAGGAUUGAGGCUUCCAUGCCGCUCGUUCUGUGAGAACGUCACCGCUGCUUGCGCAGCCAGGGCGAAUGCGAUCGGCCUCAGAUGGGAUCCAAAUGGCUGUCUCGGUUUUCCCGAAGCCAAUGAACCACAGGACUGUGUUGCUCCAGAAGCAGGAUGUGAGCCCAUCUUGUACAGCGAAUGCAUGGACCUGUCGUACUCCCAAACAUCCUUCCCGAACCUCGUCCAGUGGCCCAGUCAUGGCUUUGCUCUCCAAGUUGCCCCAACAGUGUUCCCGUCAUACGACAACAUCAGCGACUGUCAUCCGGAUUUCAAUUUCUUCUUGUGUUCAAUUUUGUUUCCAAAAUGCACAUCUGAAGGACAAGUACUUCCAUGUCGCUCAUUUUGUUAUGAGAUAAAUGAUACAUGUGGGGAACGAGCUCUGGCCCUCGGUCUGGAUUGGCAGGACUCCAUUUGUCCAACUCUGCCUGAAGAAGAGUGCCUUCUACCAGAAGUUGCUCCAACAACUGCACCAACGGCUGACCUUGAUAGACAGAAUAGGGAGGACUUUGCUAAUGACUUAGUUCAAGUUCUUAAAGGCCGCCUGGGUGUCGUGAGAAAAGUACUGCGUAGUGAAAUAGCACUCAAUCGGCCAUGGUUACGAGCGUACCUGAAUCACAGCUCUCAGGAGUUCAAAGAACUUAAGGCUGAGAUCAAGGAAAAUGCGAGGCAAGCUUUUAGGAAUCUCAGCGAUGACCUGCUUGGCGUGUCAGUGAUGUCAUUAAGACAAGGUAGUGUUAUCGCCGAUCUGAUAAUUGCUACAUCUUCCAACAACCUGGAUGACCUGGCCGAUACUUUACAAAAUGCUGUGUCUUCAGGAUCAUUCGGAAACCUCACAGUUACCAACGCCUCUUUUACAGUGGAGCAAUUUGAUUUUGUACUGGAGGGCAUCCUUUAUCUAUAUGACACUCCUUGGAGAGAUGCCUACGCCAAUGUCAGUUCACCGGACUAUGAAGAAUUACACAAUGACGUUCACUUAAACGUGUUGGAGGAGGCACUACAUCUUGAAGACGCCUCUGUUGCUCUUGUCAAGAACUUCACGGAAGAGAACGGAUACGUCUUGGCAGAUCUGCUCAUUUUCAUGCCGAACCGCUCUGUGGCCAUCCAGAAGUACAGCGCGUUGAUUGCUGCCAAUAGGACGGGGAGGUUUGGGGAUCUCAACGGAACGCUCUUCCAUCUCGACGACCCUAGGGAGGCAACAACUAUUCCUCCUACAGAAGAAGCAACGGCCGCUCCUGCUACAGAGGAGGCAACAGCUCCAUCCACUUCAGAAGAAGCAACAUCUCCUCCCGCUACAGAGAAAGCAACAACUCCUCCUGCUACAGAGGAAAUAACAGCUCCUCCUGCUACAGAGGAAGUAACAGCUCCUCUUGCGACAGAGGAUGUAACAGCUCCUCUUGCGACAGAGGAUGUAACCACCACUCUUGCUACAGAAACAACAGCUCUUCCCCCAACAGAAGAAGCAACAGCUCCUCCCGCUACAGAGGAAGAAACAGCUCCUCCCCCAACAGAGAAAGUAACAGCUCCUCCUGCUACGGAGGAAGCAACAGCUCCUCCCGCUACAGAGGAAGAAACAGCUCCUCCCGCUACAGAAGAAGCAACAGCUCCUCCUGCCACAGAGGACUUAACAGCUCCUCCCGCUACAGAGGAACCAACAGCUCCUCCCGCUACAGAGGAAGAAACAGCUCCUCCAGCUACGAAGGAAGUAACAGCUCCUCUCGCUACGGAGGAAGCAACAGCUCCUACCGCUACAGAAGAAGCAACAGCUCCUCUUGCGACAGAUGAAGCAACAGUUCCUCCCCUAACAGAGGAACCAACAGCUCCUCCCGCUACAGGAGAAGCAACGGCCGCUCCUGCUACAGAAGAAGCAACAGCUCUUCCCGCUACAGAGGAACCAACAGCUCCUCUCGCUACAGAAGAAGCUACGGCCGCUCCUGCUACAGAAGAAGCAACAGCUCCUCCCGCUACAGAGGAAGUAACACCUCCUAUUGCGACAGAGGAAGCAACAGCCACUCCUGCUACAGAGGAAGCUACAGCAACUCCUGCUACGGAAGAAGCAACAGUAACUGUUGCUUUUGCCACGGAGGAAGCAACUGAUGAAACAUCUGUUUUGCCAACUUUGCAAAGAAGCACCGUUGCCCCAACAACUGCACCAACGGCUGACCUGGGCAGACAGAAUAGACAAGACUUUGCAAGGGAUUUAGUUCAAGUUCUUAAAGACAGCCUGGGUGUCGUGAGAAAAGUACUGCGGAGUGAAAUGUCGCUCUCCCGGCCAUGGUUACGAGCGUACCUGAAUCACAGCUCGCAAGAGUUCAAAGAUCUUAGAGCUGAGAUCAAGGAAAAUGCGAGGCAAGCUUUUAGGAAUCUAAUUGAUGAGCUCCUUGGUGUAUCAGUGAAGUCUUUAAGGCAAGGUAGUGUUAUCGCCGAGCUGAUCAUUGCUACAUCUUCCAACAACCUGGACGACCUGGCCGAUACUCUACAAAAUGCUGUGUCUUCAGGAUCAUUCGGAAACCUCACAGUUACCAACGCCUCUUUUACAGUGGAGCAAUUUGAUUUUGUACUUGAGGGCAUCUUUUAUCUUUAUGACACUCCUUGGAGAGAUGCCUACGCCAAUGUCAGCUCAACGGACUAUGAAGAAUUACACAAUGACGUUCACUUAAACGUGUUGGAGGAGGCACUACAUCUUGAAGACGCCUCCGUUGCUCUUGUCAAGAACUUCACGGAAGAGAACGGGUACGUCUUGGCAGAUCUGCUCAUUUUCAUGCCGAACCGCUCUGUGGCCAUCCAGAAGUACAGCGCGUUGAUUGCUGCCAAUAGGACGGGGAGGUUUGGGGAUCUCAACGGAACGCUCUUCCAUCUCGACGAUCCAAGACCCUUCCAGUUUGAACCUUGUUUUGCGAAUAUGUUUCAAUUUUCAUACGGUUACAACGGCAUCUGUUACGUUUUCGUCAACGAGAGUCUUGGUGCGAGCACAAACUUCGAAGACUUCAACAACGCCUGUGGUCGACUCGGUGGCAUACCUGUGUACGUGACAGACAACGUCACUCAUCACUUCUUGGUCUUCGUCAUCCAAAACGACAACUCACUCACUGGAUCUGCUUUCGGCGUCGGGGUUCAGUGGAACGCUGGGACAGCCGUGUGGGAGUACAUGGACAACUCAGACGUGCUGAUAGAGGAACUGUGGGUGGAUACGUACGAUCCAGCGACAAACCCGCCCAUCACGGACCACUGUGCGGUGAUGAGUCCAACAGGGACCCCGAUCUACGGAUGGGACCCGGCACCGUGUGAAGAUUUUGAUGGAUACAUCUGUCAAUUGGCAAUCCCUGCCACAACACCGCAACCAACAGCGCCUGCAAUGCCAGAGUUCGAUAUCGAGCCUUGCCUGACUGAUGACUUCACCAACGGGUACGGGUACAACGACGUGUGCUACUUGUUCUUUAACGAGAGCGUCGGUAGCGGCAGAAACAUCAACUUCGAAGACUUUGAAAAUGCUUGCGAUGACGUCGGCGCUGUGCCAGUCUACGUCAGCAACAGAACAACGCACGGAUUCCUCGCGUUCAUCAUCCAAAUGGCGAAGAAUUCCUCCCUCAACGGUACUGCUUACGGCGUCGGCGUUCGGUAUGACCCUCCCUCAGAGGCUUGGGAGUACUCCGACGGAUCAGAGGUUUUGAUCGACGAGCUGUGGGUUGACAGCUUCAACCCUGCGAGUAGGCCGACCCAGCUGAGGUUUUGUGCCGCCAUGGAUCCAUCAGGAACCCCUCCAUACGGAUGGAACCCUGAGGUCUGUGCAGAUCUACAAGGAUACAUCUGUCAAAAGCCGAUCCCACCCCCAGCAAUAGACUGUUUGGCGGGAUCCUUCGUGAUGCUAGAAAACAACGAUGACAUUCUUAUGGACCAGGCAGCAUACGCAACAGCCGCAAACAACAUUACAUCCCAGCUUAUAGACUUAAUAGGUGACAUCGAGGGUUAUACAGACUUGGAGGUAGCUAUGCUGCUAGACGAGGAUGAAGAGGGCAGUGAAAAUAACUAAACGUAUCAAUACUUAGACGUAGACUAUACAAAAUUGAUGAAGAAAUAUUGUACAGGGAUUACUUUUCAAUGUUAUACAGGUAUUACCAUUAAUUUUCAGAUAUCUCUUCAGCUUGUGUAAAAUGAAAGUUGUAUUUCAAUUCUAAAUCGUUUAUAUAUUUUUAUCUCUUCUUUAAGACAUAAAUGGUUUUCUUACAUUUCUCGAUGAAUGCAACAAAAGUGCUCAAGUAUAUACAGUAGCCUUACAUGUAAGUUUGAGACUUGAUCCAACCAUGUUGUCAACCUUCAUGAAUAAAUUAUUCAUAUACAUAUAGAUUUUUAAGUACUCAUAGCUAUAAGCAUAUUACUCUAAGUAGUGAAUUCCAAACUUACAGUUGGAGCAUUGUUUACAAACCGCAGUCAAAAAUGUUUUAUUUGAUAUACUUGAUAUACGCUACCUAAAACGCCAAACAAAAAAUAAAACGAUGCAUCCGGA